AUGGAAGAGCCAUGCAACGGCGCCGCCGGGGACUCGCCCGCGGCGGCGGCGGCGGGGGGAGUGUACAGAGGGGUGAGGAGGCGGAAAUGGGGGAAAUGGGUGUCGGAGAUUCGGGCGCCGGGGACGAAGACGAGGAUAUGGCUGGGGAGCUACGACACGCCGGAGAUGGCUGCGGCGGCCUACGACGUGGCGGCGUUUCACUUUAAAGGUUUCGCCGUGCGCCUCAAUUUCCCGGACUUGGUCGACGGGUUCCCUAAGCCCGCGAGUUCCAGCGCUGAGGACGUGAGGCUGGCCGCGCAGGAGGCGGCAAUGCGGUUCAAGAGGCCUGCCGCGGCGGCGCCGGCGGCGGAGACGCCGUCCCGGAGCGGUGGUCCGGCGGCGGUUAGGGUGGGGUUGUCGGAUAGUCAGAUUGAGGCAAUAAAUGAUACGCCGAUGGACUCGCCCAGUGCGAUUUGGAUGCAAUCAGGAACAUCAAGAGAGGAUUUAGAAGGGGAUAAUUGGGUAGAAAUGCAAAGUGACUCCAUUUGGGAUUCUUGAAAUCUCAGGUGGAAGUUAAUAAAUGGGCUGAUUAACCAACGGGAAAUUUUUAAAUAGUAAAUUUCCGUUGUGUGUGUAUUUAUUUUUUCGAGAUGGUUGGUAUCCAACUUUUUAUGAUAUAUAAUAUAUAUUGUAUCAGUGGUGAUUCGACCACAUUGCUCAUAGUUUUUCUCAUGAUAAUAUAUAUUGUAUCAGUGGUGGUUCGAUCACAUUACUUUUAGGUUCUUUCUUAUUUUUAACCUUUUGUAUUCAAUAAACUAUAAUAUUUGAUUUAA